GGACGAGCAUGGGAGACGUGGUGCGUAUAGCGGCGAACGGGCCAGUGGACCCACUGGAGCAUGGCCCUCCCAAACGUGUCGGGCACAUGGUCGAGAACGUCGGGGGCAACAUUGCAUCGUCCAAGAAGCGUGCGUCGUGGAAGUUUACGUUUGGCGAGUCGGACAAAGUGCACGAGGUUGUGCUGCUCCACUCGGUCAUGUCGGCCAAGAAGGUGGUCGAGUACGACGGCCGCGAAAAGUACCACGUCGCCGCGAUUUCGCCAGGAGACUGGUCCAUCAUCUUGAUGCUGGAGCACCGAAACAGUGCGAUCGAAGUGCGCAUCAACGAAUUCGAGUCCCCCGACAUGCCGCGAUACGACAUGCUGAUCGAUCGCGUCCCGUACCGCAAGAUGGACGUGUUUCGCCGCAACAACAAGAAGACUGCCAACACCUCCAACGGCAACACGUACCAACCUGCGACGAACGGAGGCCACAAGCAGCAGGGGGGAUACCACCACUGGGGACCGGGCGAUCCCGCGAGCGACAUUGACGACGACAACGCCCCCGUCGUACCCCUCGACAAGGCGAUUCCGACCAAGAAGACAGCCCCUCCGCCUGAAAUCAACCUGAUUGAUACGUCGAUCCCGGACGUCGUCUCCGUGCCCGCGCCUUCCGUCGUGUUCGAUCCUCUCGUGACGGGCCCCACCUCAUUGGGGUUCCCCACACAAGUUGCGUCCCCUGUCACCUUGAACGGCAUCUUGUAUGACCAGCCACCGCUGCAAGCACAACCACAGCAACGAACAUUUGCCCCGCCUCCUCCAGCAUUUGAUCCGUUUGCAAGUUUGGACCAGCCCAAGCAACCGGGAGGACAUGUCCCCCCGCAGCCACAAACGACAUAUCGUGGCUACCCAGCGCAACCACCUCAGCAGUUCCAUGGCCACUACGGCUCCCCACAGGCGCCUCCAUACCCCGCCUACAACAACUUCCAGCAGCAGCCCCAGCAGUUUUACAAUCAUGGCGUCCACCAGCAACACAUGAACAUCUCAGCCAUGGUGAACCCAAUACAAGGGCAACACGGCAUUCAGGCGAAGAAGCCGGCAGGGCAUGACAUCAACAUUAACCCGUUUGCAGGCAUGCGUUAAGGACGAAAAGCUCAAAUCAUAAACGGA